AAUAAAAUCCCCUGGUUUUCCCACACUACCGCUUGUUUGGAAACCGCUGCGGCUUCACCUGAAAAACCACGGCCCCUCAUUUCUCUCCCAACUUAAAUACUCCUUUUCCCUCUUUCUCUCCCUCUAAUUCUUCUUCUUCUCAUCUCUUCUCCCCUUUCUCUCUCCUCCUCCACCUUUCCCUCUUCUCCAAAACCAGAGUAAACUGCUUUGAUAAACAUCAACUAUGAGGAUGAGUUGUAAUGGUUGUCGUGUUCUUCGGAAAGGAUGCAGUGAAAAUUGUAGUAUCAGACCUUGUUUACAGUGGAUCAAAAGCCCUGAAUCUCAAGCUAAUGCCACUGUCUUUCUCGCUAAGUUUUAUGGUCGUGCUGGUCUCAUGAACCUCAUCAAUUCUGGUCCUGAACAUCUCCGCCCUGCUAUAUUUAGAUCACUUUUAUACGAGGCUUGUGGAAGAAUUGUGAACCCAAUCUAUGGCUCAGUCGGUUUACUUUGGUCUGGUAGUUGGCAACUCUGUCAAGCCGCUGUUGAAGCUGUUUUAAAAGGUGCUCCGAUAAUGCAAAUCCCAUCUGAAGCUGCUGUCAGUCCUAGUCUUCCUUUCAAAGGAGCUUAUGACAUUAGACACGUGUCGAAAGAUGACAAUUCUGCUGCUUCUCAAGAACUUACAAAGGUGAAAACUCGUAAUCGAUUCAAGAGAAGUUCAACGGCACCAGUUAAGCUUAAACCUGUUAAGAUCGCUCAUUCACCUACGGAGUCAUCUGUUCAUCAUGAACCAAUUGUUGACAGCGAUGAUGAUCAUAAUGAGUCAACUCAGCUUUGUAAUCUGGACUGGAAUCGGAGUUUUAUUGAUGAGUUAAAUCGUGAUACAAGUCAUGACUCAUCCAAUAGUCACCAAGGGGGAUAUAGCCGUGAAUCUGAGAGUAUGUUUUCUGUUGAAACAGUUGAAGCUUCAAUGGUGAGCAGCCGAGCUGAGCAAGAACAUGUUGUUCCACAAUCACAAUGCCAUUCUGAUGAUAGUGAAGUUGAGUUGGAGUUGUCACUCGGUUUUGAGUCAAGUCGGUUACAACGCUCGAGUCCUGCUAAGAAACAAAGGAUUGAAAUGGACGGUUCUGAUAUUGGUGGGAGGACUUGUAAGAUUGAAUUAGGGCUUGAUUUUCCCGUUUGAGUUAAUCGCAACCGUUGUUAUGUUAGAGAUAUAGCAGUUUUGUCAGGCUAAGAUCGAACUAGGUUUUUUUUUUUUUAUCUUUUAUAACUUCCGAGUUACUGAGUAGAUCACAAUAAGAGUCCUUCCUGUUUGGACAAGGGAUGUUAUGUUUGUCUUUUUAACUUUUUCUUUUUAGGUGGGUGGGGUCUGUAAAAAUGGUUUUACAUCUUUACUACAUGAUAUAAAAAUGGAUGAUCACAUAUACAAAGUA